UGGGGCAAGGGGAUAUAAAAAUCUCUUGUCAAUCUCAAAUUUGUAUGGUAUACAUAUGCUAUUAGAUCUACUGUGGAUAUAUAUCCUCUAGUUUUCAUCGGAAAAAAAAAAAGAAAUAGUUAGAAGAUGGGGUUGAAUAUUUGGAUGUACUCCUUCACUAUCCUCUUCAGCAUAUCUGUAUCAACUCAACACUCCAUGGCUCAAAGCACCAUUACAGACCCUUCUGAAGUGGAAGCACUUAUUGCUAUAUCGAGAAAAUGGGGCAAAGAAGUUACAAAGUUAUACGAGUGGAACAUAACAAAAGGAAGGGAUGCUUGCUCUGGAAAUGUUAUGGAUGACACAGUUCGCCUCGAACACUUGGAGAGCCCAGCGAUCAAAUGCAAAUGUACCUAUGACAACAACAAUACUUGCCAUAUCACUCACUUGAUAAUGAACAAUUUAACGCUGAGAGGGAUGAUUCCGGAAGAAAUUGUAACAUUUAGAUAUUUGACUUAUCUGAAAAUCAAGUACAAUCACUUUAAUGGAACUUUACCAGCAUUCCUCGGAAACUUAUUUGCACUUGAACAAUUGGAUGUUGGCCACAAUACAUUUAGUGGGACCAUACCAAAGGAGCUUGGAAAGUUAAAAAAUCUAAAUAUGCUUGCUUUGGGAACAAACAAUUUUUCUGGACCGCUUCCCUCAGAAAUUGGCAAUUUGCACAAACUUGAGCAGCUUUACAUUGACAGCUCUGGAAUUAGUGGUGAACUUCCAGAUACUUUUGCCAAGCUUACAAAUAUGAAAAUUAUGAAUGCACUAGACACUCCUCUCUCAGGAAAGAUACCAGAAUUCAUAGGAAACUGGAGAAACAUGACAAGUUUGACAUUUCAAGGGAACUCUCUUGAAGGGCCCAUACCGUCUAGUUUUUCUCAACUGAUCUCAUUGACAAUUCUGAAAAUUGGUGAUCUAUACAAUGGGAAUCCUUCCCUUCUUGAUCAUUUUAUCAAUAAAGAUAUGGAGAACUUGACUGAGUUAAUUUUAAGGGAUGCGUUGAUUUCUGGUCCAAUUCCACCUCAUAUUGGAGAUUUGCAAAAGUUGAAAACUCUUGAUUUGAGUUUCAACCAGUUAACAGGAAAGAUCCCUACUUCAUUGUUCGACAUGAAAGUUCUCGAAAAUUUAUUUCUUGGAAGCAAUAGACUAUCAGGCAAGAUUCCUCAGGAAAAGAGUAGUGUUAGUCUUUUGAGAAUAGACUUGUCUUACAAUAACCUAUCAGGAAAUUUACCGCGUUGGUCAGGCCUCCAGUUAGAAUUGAACUUUGCAGCCAACAACUUAACAGUCAGCGACUCAGGCAUAAAUCGUGAUGCACGUACAUGGUUUUGUCUCCAAAAGAACUUCCCCUGCAUUAAUCCACCUCACGGUAAUACGGAAUUCGCAAUCAAGUGUGGAGGACACCAACUGACAGCAUCAAACGGGAUUGUGUAUGACGAUGAAGCUACAAAUAUUGCCUCAUCAACAUGUGCUUUAACCAGUUCAGAGAAGUGGGCAGUAUGCAAGGUGGGUUUGGAUAAUGCAGAUAGUAUACUAGAUCUUCAAGACACCGCGGAACAAGUCACACAGACCAAUAAUGAGAAACCAGAGUUCUUUCAGACUGCAAGAAUGUCCCAAGGAUCACUAAGAUACUAUGGUCUUGGUCUUGUCAAUGGAUAUUAUAAUGUGACCUUGCAUUUUGCAGAAAUUGGUUUUCCUGGUCGAAACUCAAAUGAGUGGGCUAGUCUAGCAAGGCGUGUGUUCAAUAUUUACAUUCAGGGAGUUCUCGUAAAAAGGGACUUUGACAUAUCUAAGGAGGCGGGUGGAGUUUUGAAAGCAAUCUCAAGGCCUUUCAGAGCCAAUGUGACAGAGAACUAUCUUGAAAUUCACUUAUUCUGGGCUGGUAAAGGGACAUGUUGCAUACCUAAACGUGGUUACUACGGUCCAUUGAUAACGGCUGUCCAUGCCACUGCUGAUUUCAAAGUACCACAAAAAGGAGACAAUAAGACAGGGCUGGUUCUUGGUAUUGUAAUCCCUACUGUGGUUGUGGGUCUUGCAUGGCUGCUAAUUGAAUUUUACAUGAGGAGAAAACCAAAUGAUAGGGAUGAAGAAUUACUUGGAAUAGGCCCCAAACCAGAUACUUUUACCUAUGCUGAACUAAGAGCUGCCACAGGGGACUUUAGUGCUUCAAACAAGCUUGGAGAAGGAGGAUUUGGCAACGUUUAUAAGGGUACGCUUUUGGAUGGAAGGGAAGUAGCUGUUAAGCAACUUUCAGUAAAUUCUAACCAUGGAAAGACUCAAUUUAUAGCUGAGAUUGCCACAAUAUCAGUUGUACAACAUCGCAAUCUAGUGAAAUUGUAUGGAUGUUGCAUUCAAGGAAAUAGGCACAUCCUGGUUUAUGAGUUUCUUCCAAACAGGAGUCUUGAUCAAGCACUAUUUGGGAAGAAUAAUUUGCGCCUAGACUGGCCUACCCGAUUCAAUAUAUGCUUAGGUACGGCAAGAGGGCUUGCUUAUCUUCACGAAGAAUCCAGGCCAAGGAUUAUACAUCGAGAUGUCAAAGCUAGUAAUAUUCUACUUGACGAAGAACUUUGUCCGAAAAUAUCAGAUUUUGGAUUGGCAAAGCUUUAUGAUGACAAAAAAACACACAUGAGCACAAGAGUUGCAGGGACAAUAGGAUACUUGGCUCCGGAAUAUGCAAUGUGGGGCCACCUGACAGAAAAGGCUGAUAUUUUUGGAUUUGGUGUUGUUGCUUUGGAGAUUUUAAGCGGGAAACCCAACUUUUAUAGCCAUGGCAAGGACAAUGUUCAUCUUCUUGAACGGGCCUGGACAUUAGAUGAAAGCAACAAAAGUUUGGAGCUGGUGGAUCCUUUACUAGCUGAAUAUGACGAAAUAGAAGCCAAGAGAAUGAUAAAAGUGGCUCUCUUAUGCACUCAAGGAUCUCCAACAGUUCGGCCACCAAUGUCACGCGUGGCCGGAAUGCUCGUUGGAGAUAUUGAAAUAGACAACGCAAGAUCGAAGCCAAGUUAUUUAACAGAUAUGGAUUACAGAGAUACCACUACUUUUAGUACUGUUGCUAGCUCUUUAAGUGAGGCGUACACUCCAUCCAUUUCGUUCAAGAGCAGUAGUUGUCUUAUGGCCAACUCUAUAUGAUCGAUGUCACCACAACUUGGAGUUUUUUCUUGGUGGUUCUUUAUGAUGAAGCUCUGUGAAUAAGACGUAGGGCCCUUGUGCAAGACAAUUAUAGAAGUAGAAGAUUGGGGAGAGACAAGAACAUGUCCUUAUUAGUGUUUAGGUGCUUCAAAUUCAUAUUAGUCACGUUUAUUGAUAUUUCUACCAACUAUACAAGUUUGAUUAAACUUUAUUUGAUGUGACAAUAUCUAUUAUGGUCGCUGUAAUUUUCAAAUUCGAGUCGCAUCAA